CCGCCCGGGCCCGCGCCGCCCGCGCCCCGCCGUCGCCAUCAUGAUCUGCCUGAUGCUGACCAUCUUCGCCAACCUCUUCCCGGCGGCCUACACCGGCGUGCACGAGCGCACCUUCCUGGCGGUGAAGCCCGACGGCGUGCAGCGGCGGCUCGUGGGCGAGAUCGUGCGGCGCUUCGAGAGGAAGGGCUUCAAGCUGGUGGCGCUGAAGCUGGUGCAGGCUUCGGAGGAGCUGCUGCGGGAACACUAUGCCGAGCUGCGCGAGCGCCCCUUCUUCGGGCGCCUGGUCAAGUACAUGGGCUCCGGGCCGGUGGUGGCCAUGGUGUGGCAGGGUCUGGACGUUGUGCGCGCUUCCCGAGCGCUCAUCGGAGCCACGAAUCCGGCCGACGCCGCGCCCGGCACCAUCCGCGGCGAUUUCUGCAUCGAGGUCGGCAAGAAUGUGAUUCACGGGAGCGACUCGGUGGAGAGCGCCCGCCGCGAGAUCGCACUCUGGUUCCGCACAGACGAGCUCCUGUGCUGGGAGGAUAGCGCGGGGCAUUGGCUAUACGAGUAGCCGGGCCUCGGGCAGGUGUGCCCCUCCGAAGCGGGCUGCGGCUGACCCCGCCCCCUCCAGGCCCCACCCCGGAGCUCAGAGCGCCUGUCCUGUGGUAGCCCCGCAGCAGCCUUCCGGAGGGCAGGUGGGUGCCCGCCUGCCGAGCUCUGGUUGCCUUCCUGCCCUGGAUGGGGUUUUCAGGCGCCUCGGCCCAGCCCGCUCCUGUUUACAGCUUGCCUGGAAACGCAGCAGGGCGCAGCUCUGGUACUUGGCUUGCCGGGCAUUUGUUUUUAUAAUAAACGGAAGAAAACUUU